GCCCAAAGAUUUUAGCUGGAAGACAACAUUUGUAUUGCCAGUAAUGAAAUUGCAAGGGGACUACAGUCUGUUUGGCAGAAUAUUAUUGAUACCUUUAAAUGGUAGAGGUGAAGUGUUUUUAGAUGCGGAAAACAUGACAGUUGUCAUGCACACCAAGACCAGGUUGUAUGAAAAAGGUGGCUUUACUUUUUACAAUGUUACCAGUACCCAUGUUGAUUUUAAAUUGGAGGGUUUGAAAUCCUAUUUCUCUAAUCUGUUCAAUGGACAAAAACAAUUGGAGGACAGCACCAAUAAAUUCUUUAAUGACAACUGGCGCAUGUUGACCGAUGCUUUGUACACUGUUAUUACCCAAACUAUCCAGGAUAUUUUACUUGAUGUCUUGAGAAAAAUUUUCCACUUUAUACCAGCCAACUUCUUUGUCACCGAUAUACCCACCCCAGAGCAAUUGUAUGGCAAAGCGAAACCUAAAAAAUCUUAAUAAUAAGACUCUAUUAAAAUGUUUAUAAACAUUUUAUUCACAUUUUGUAAAGUAACAUUAAGUUAUGUGUAGAUUGUUGGCAGUAAGUGCAAUGUGUAAAUAUUUCGUUAAAUAAAAUAAAUUUCUUAAAACUA